AUGAACAAGGCCAUAGCAGGUCCACUCCUCGAAGCCAUAAAUCCCGAUUUCACUAAAGAAUUUCUCGAGUUCCUUCCAUAUACCAACCAACUUUAUGUUGAUGCUGAUGGUGAUGCUGAUCCUUGGUGGGGCUCACGAUGCAUACGAGAACGACAGCAAUACCUAUCAAAGGUAGACGGUUGGGACUAUGAUUCAAUGGCUGUAUCGAAUUUCGGUCUCUUAUGGGAUCCAGCUUUACUUUCCCGUGUUCGGAAAGAACUACAGGAAGCUGCUUUAGAUCCUGAAUCUCUUGCAUCACCCCAGUUUUUUCAUAAACUAAUUCAGAUUCCGCUGCUACAAUCGAUUUAUGCAGAAGUCAUUCGCUUGCAUGUGGAAGUUCAACACGUUCUCUAUAGCCAUCAUUCACCGGCGGAUCGGUUCUUACUAUACCCAGAGAACGCUAUGAGCGGACCUAUCAUCACAACACCGUCAUUCAAUGGUAUUUCACAAUUCAUGUCAUCUUCUCAUCAAAAGAAUUCCUCAAAGCCUAUCUAUUACAAAUCCAUCAUGCAAAAUUCUUUCAUUAAAUACAACGUGGAAAAAAGGACUUACCCAAAGCGCUUCUUGGCUAAACGUGAGAUCAUUGCUGUUUUUGCAAGAAUUGUGCAACAAUAUGACGUUGAGUUGUUGACAGAGGAAAAACAUUUCAAACAUAGAAUGGCAUUUUAUGCUUAUGGCACUCAAGCCCCAAAGAACAAGAUACCUUUCACAAUUAAAAGAAGAGAACGUUAA